CCCAGUUGAGUUCCCUAUUGAGUGUUAGAGGAUGGUGAAGAAAGCGACGGCAGGAAAUCCCUUUCAUACUGGCUCACUGGAUUUUAACGUUGCAAUCGCUCCAGAGUGAUCGGGGUUAGAAACGCUCGAGUGCAUGACUUCCGUGAUCUCACCCAGCUCCCUAGCUAUCGGUCCAGUCCAGGUAAGUAUACAGCAAAGCCGUUUCUCGGAAGCAUCGGUUCGGCUCGGCUCGUUCACUCGGCGGUCGGAUGGCGGAUCAUGUAUGUAUGUACCUAAACCCAGAGAUCCCGAGAACCGUCGGAACAAACGAGGUGGCAUAUUGCGGCGCGGUGUGGCAGUCGAGAGAUACUAGCAGUGCAACUAUGUCUCGAAAGCUAAUUAUUAUAGGCAUUUGAAUGCGGAAUGCUCGUUGAUCCGUGAGAGAAACGUGAACGUGUUCAGUUCUACGUCUAUAUUGAGCAGAAUCCCCGGUACAUACACACAAUGACUUCGGCCUUUGCAUCUGGCCUGAAAGACCCUGGUCUCUUCGUUGAGAAGGCUUUCAUCGACUGGCAGUGGGUAGCUUCCCAGUCCAAUGUCACCUUCAAUGUUUGUAAUCCUGCGUCCGAAGCCCUUGUUGGAACCUGCCCUGAAUCGAACACAGAAGACCUUAACGACGCCAUUCAAGCAGCCGCCCGAGCAUUCCCAACAUGGCGGUCUGUAUCCGGGAGACAGCGAGGUCGCAUUCUGCGCCGCUGGGCAGACCUUUUGUUGGAUAACAAAGAGGACAUCGGCCGCAUCAUCACGGCGGAAAAUGGCAAAGCCAAAGCUGACGCGGAGGGAGAAGCCGUUUUUGCCGCCAGCUUUUUCGAAUGGUUCGCCGAGGAGGCACCGCGCAUCUACGGCGAUGUCGUGCCACAUAGCAGUCCUACCAGCCGCACGCAGGUGCUCAAGGAGCCCGUCGGCGUCUGCGGCCUCAUUACGCCGUGGAACUUCCCCAUCGCCAUGGGAGCGCGCAAAGUGGCCGCCGCGCUGGCCGCUGGGUGUACCAUUGUGCUGAAAUCGGGCGGAUUGAUGCCCUUCGCUUCCAACGUGAUGGCCACUCUUGGAGAGCAAGCUGGUGUUCCCAACGGCGUCUUCAACGUCGUGACGGCCUUGACGAACACACCCUCCCUCGGUCGGUUGCUCUGCGAGACUGAGAUUUCGAGUCACACCUUGAGGAAAGUGAGUCUGGAGCUUGGGGGAAAUGCCCCGUUUAUUGUCUUUGAUGACGCCGGUGUCGAGGCCGCAGUAGCUAGUGCUCUGAUCAGCAAAUUCAAACGACUAGUGCAGGAAGUCCAGAAAUACAAGAUUGGAAACGGCCUGGAGGAUGCUUCUGUGACCCACGGCCCCUUGACCAACGGGGUGGCCAAAGUGUCCCAGCAUAUCCACGACGCUCUAGACAAGAAGGCUACUGUGCUCCUAGGGGGUAACCGUCUGCCUGCAUUAGGCGCCAACUUCCACGAGCUCACCAUUCUGGGCGAUGUCGAUGACUCGAUGCAGGUGACUAGAGAGGAAACCUUCGGUCCGCUGGCGGCACUGGCCAGAUUCUCAACGGAGGAUGAGGUGGUGCGACGGGCCAACGACUGCGACGUGGGAUUGGUAUCAUAUUUGAUGACCAGUGACCUAGCCAGGGCGCAUCGUGUGUCUGAAAGGCUAGAGGCCUGCAUGGUGGCCAUCAAUACCGGGGUGGUUCCAGACGCUGCGGCACCCUUCGGUGGGGUAAAAUACUCGGGGAUGGGUCGUGAAGGCAGCAAGUACGGGGUAGAAGAGUAUUUGAACGUGAAGAUGAUUGUCACUGGGGGCAUCAACACGGCGCAUACGGCUCACCUGUAG